AUGUCAUACCUGGACCCAUGGGAUGAACCUGGAAAGCCUGGACGGCCAGAGGUCACCGAUUACGAUGCAGAUCGAAUUGACUUGGCUUGGACUCCUCCAACAAAAGAUGGCGGAGCACCUAUUGAGGGCUACGUUGUUGAAGUCCGCGAUCCCGACACGAAGGAGUGGAAAGAAAUCGCCAAAGUUCCAGACACAAACGCUUCAAUCAAAGGACUAAAAGAAGGAAAGGAGUAUCAGUUCCGAGUAAAAGCAUUCAACAAAGCUGGCCUUGGGACAUCCAUCCGAUGCAUCCGAAAAGCAGCUGGCCAAGCCGAAAUUCAUAAUGUUUGUGUUUUAGUUCCUGCCUGGUUGAAGCACGACUGCUUGAAGAGUAUCACCGUAAAAGCUGGUCAUUCCGUUCGUUGGGAAGUGAAGAUUGGUGGAGAACCCGUGCCAGAAGUAGUCUGGACCAAGGGAGACAAACCGAUCGAGCCAUCACUCAAUCUUAGCAUUGACACCAAGAAAAACGACCACACUAUUUUGUGCAUUCCCUCAGCAGUACGCGCCGAUAGGGGAGAGUACCGACUGUCCGUGAAAAACGCAUAUGGUCACGAUACAGAAGUGGCAAACUUGACUGUACUGGAUCGACCAUCAAAGCCGAAUGGUCCUCUGGAAGUGACAGAUGUCUUUGAGGACAAUUGCAAUCUCGCAUGGAAACCUCCUGGCAAGUUAUUUCUCGCUUUUGUUUGCGCGUAUGAGUUUCUUAACAAUCUCUCAAAAACUUGGACAAACAACGGACGAGCGAAGCUACGCUCGGAGUGA